AUGGGCACCCUGCCACCUACGCGCAAGCGAUCCUCGCGCGCCUGCGACGGAUGCAAGCAGCGCCGCAUGAAAUGCGAGGACAUUAUGCCGUCCUCGACCACCAACGAACCCACUUGCAAGCUGUGUCGCGAGUCGGGCGUCGACUGUACAUUCGAAACACCUGUACGCAAGCGUGGACCUGCUCCAGGGUUUCGGCGGCCUGCGGGUAGUCCACGUGGCAAGGGUGGCAGCGACGAUGAGGGCGAAGGGAGUGCCGACGGCGGCGAUCGUGCGCCCAACGGCAGUGGCGGGGAGGCAAGUUCACGUAAGCCCGCCGAGCGCCAUAUUGCGCCACCAGGCCGGCGGCGGCGCGCACCCCUCCUCGGCUUGCCACCGGCCCUUGUUGACGAACUCCUCGCGGUGUACUUUACUCACGUGCACAAUGUGUGGCCGCUGAUAUACAAGCCCAUGUUUAACCCGCACGCGACGAGCGCGCCGCUCUUGCUCGCAAUGCUGAGCAUCGCGGCGUGUGUGACCCUUCCAUCGGGCAAGGAUGGGCUGGACAGUGACAAACUGUUCGCGAUGGCCGAGAGUGCCCUGCACCAUGACCGCACAGAGAGUCGCAUCGACAUCCUCCAGGCGCUCAUGGUCUUGUCUCUCCGCCAGACGGGUUGCGGGAACAAGCGCAGUGCUUUCGCAUACGGAGGGCGCGCGAGUAUCAUGGCACUCAACCUCGGACUGCACCUGGCUCCGUCCGGACCGACGGACGCAGGCGACCUCGAGCUCCGCUCGCGCGUGUACUGGAACGUGUAUGUGCUGGAUAAGAUCCUCGCAGAGGAGACCGGGCGCCCAUUUCUGCUGCCGUACCGCCGCUCGUCAACGGCCAUGCCCAGUACCGACGAGGCGGACGAGUAUGAGCCGUGGCCACCACAAACGGCGAGCAGCGCGCCGUUGCCGCGCAGUGUGCGCCAUGUUCCUCCGCGUCGUGGACACGUCAUGAGUUUCUUCGUUUGGACAUGCCGGCUCGGCAUGCUCGUCGAGGACAUCCUCGAUCUUGAGGUCAUCGGCCCGCCCAUCAGCCAUAAAUGGGACGAUGACUAUGUCACCAGCCUUCAAGAACAACACGACGUGGUGCAGCGCGCCGAGAGGAUUGGCAAGAGCCUCGACGAGUGGCGCCGCCUCUUACCCAAACACCUCGACAUUGAUUUGUCGGGCCAGACGCAGCCACUGCCACAUUGCGUUGUCGGCAUGGCGUGGUACCACUGUGUGAAAAUCCUGCUCUACAGCCGCUUCAUCAAGCAGCGCAACCCGCUAAACGCGCACGUAGACGGGGCAGCCCUCGCAGAGCGCGCGCACCGGACCUGCUCCGAGUCGGCCGAGGCCUGUGUGGACCUCCUCGCCCACCUUGACCGGCACAAAUUGCUUGCGCAGGUCAGCGCUGACGUGAUCCACAUGCUCAGCAUUGUCACGCUAUUUGAGGCUUUCGACGCGACUGAUCCCGACGAGGCGCUGGCGCACCGCGCAAAGGUCAACUUUGCGCAGUGUUGCAUAUGGCUGCGCGACUUUUCGGCAUCCUGGCCCGCAGCCUCGAUGCACAAGGUCUUCUUCGAGGGCCUAAUCCAGGGCGGGCUGCGCAUCUCGUCUGGCGACCUUCCCCCCGACUCACCCGAGGCCGCCUUCUCCCCCGCGACGCCCAGCAUGCCCGAGGAGCUGCGCGUGAUGGGCCGCAACCUCGCGACGGGCCGUUCAGCAUCCAGCGUAGCGGGCGCGACGCCACGAACGAUGACGACGCCUGGCUCGACAGGUCCUGGCCCCAGCACGCUCCCCGAUCCCGGGCCGGCGCCGGCGCCGGGCCCCAGCCUCUUCCAGCUUCCCCAGUUCUACUGGAACCACUUGACGACCGUGCCGAUGGAAGGCGGCCAGGGCGAGCCGGAACAGCGGGCCGACUUGGACUUUGAAUUCGACAUGCACAGCCAGAGCGCGCAGGGACAUACACCGGAGAUGCUUCCACCAAUGCCAUACCCCCAUGACGGCGUUCGCGGCAUGCACCCUAGCGCAAGCGAUAACCUACGUAACCUGGACAUGCGGUACCCCCCAGCGCACCCACAUGCCAACGGUAGCGAGCCGGCGUUCAUACCUCCGUCAGCGGCGUGGGCUGGCGCGCCCGUCAUCGGUCCGCAUUCUGGCCCUCAGGACCAGGCAGCGAUCUACGCGGCGCUCAUGAGCUACAUGGUUGAGGCGGCCAAGACGAGCUAG